GGGACAGGUAGGGUGGGACUGUCCUAAUGGGGUGUGUUGGUUCCUCAAUUAACCUGGAUCCAUUCAAUACAAGGCAAGGCUUUAUCUCUGGAUAAUGUUAUUUCUGGAUUGGGGCAACAGCCCUCAAAUACCAACCAGCUGCAAGAAAACAAGGUUGGGAUAAGGACAGGCCUUGGCCAGAUGCAAAAGGACUUUUGUUAUGGAGAGAAGACAUUAUUGCUUCAGUGGUCUUGGAUACCCAACAUUUUGGGUGGAGCCUCAAGCGGCAUCAGCCUUACAUCUUGCUAAAAGACUUCCUUCCUUCCUUCCUUCUUUUCCUCCUUCCCAUGAUCCUACAGGAAUCUAAUUAAGAAUUACAGAACAGAGUUGGAAGGGACCUUGGAGGUCUUCUAGUCCAACCCCCUGCUCAGGAAGAGACCCUAUACCAUUGCGGACAAAUGCCUUCCUUCCUGCCUGCCUGCGUGGCUUUUGCAGCCAAAAAAGUCUGUACGUUGAUUUUGCAGAACCGAGCCGAAGGAGAGGCGAGGAACCUGGAAGCGGGAGCGCUCCUUCGGGGCGAGCAGAACUCCUCCUUAUAGGAACUGCCCACCGCCCUCGGCAAAGCCUUUCCUUCCACGUAUCUGUCGGAGGGCAGGAUUGGGAGGAGUUUCUCCCCUGCCCCUUUAAGACCGUGUUUCCUGUCGGAGGGCAGGCGAGGGAGUGGCGGCGGCGGCGGUUAUGAAGCCUCGAUGGCUCUGCUUCUGCCUCCUGGCUCUGGCGACAUGGAGUGCCCGCCGGUCGGGCGCUUACUUCCCGGAGGAGCGCUGGGUGCCCGAAUCCCCGCUGCGGCCUCCGCGCGUCUUGCUGGCCCUGCUCGCCCGCAACGCGGCUCACUCACUGCCGGCGACGCUGGGCUGCCUGGAGAGGCUCAGCUAUCCCAAGGACCGCAUCGCGCUCUGGGUGGCAACAGAUCACAACAUGGAUAACACAACUGCAGUGCUUCGGGAAUGGCUCAUGAACGUUCAGAGCAUGUAUCACUCAGUGGAGUGGCGGCCCAUGGAUCAUCCCAGGUUUUAUCCAGAUGAAGAAGGCCCCAAAGACUGGUCCACCUCACGCUAUGACUAUAUCAUGAAGCUCCGACAAGCAGCUUUGCAGUCUGCCCGAGACAUUUGGGCCGACUAUAUCCUGUUUGUGGAUGCAGACAAUCUAUUAACAAAUCCUGACACUCUGGGCCUUUUGAUAGCUGAGAACAAGACUGUGGUGGCACCAAUGCUGGACUCGCGAGCAGCCUAUUCAAACUUCUGGUGUGGGAUGACCUCACAGGGCUAUUAUAAGCGUACCCCUGCUUACAUACCCAUCCGGAAGCGGGAUCGCCAAGGUUGCUUUGCUGUACCCAUGGUGCACUCUACCUUCCUCAUCAACCUACAGAAAGAGGCCUCACAAAACCUUGUUUUCUACCCUCCCCACCCAGAUUAUACCUGGGCUUUUGAUGACAUCAUUGUCUUUGCAUUUGCCUGCAGACAGGCAGAAGUUCAGAUGUACGUGUGUAACAAAGAAGAAUAUGGUUUCCUUCCGGUGCCUCUACGAUCUCAUGGCACCCUGCGUGAUGAAAUGGAGAGCUUCCUGCAUGUGCAGCUGGAGAUCAUGGUUAAGAACCCUCCAGUGGAACUUUCUCAGUAUUUGUCUCUGCUUCCCAAAAUCCCAGAUAAGAUGGGAUUUGAUGAGGUCUUCAUGAUUAAUCUCAAACGUCGGACAGAUCGACGGGAACGGAUGUUGAAAACCCUCUAUGAGCAGGAGAUUGACUGCAAAAUUGUUGAAGCUGUAGAUGGGAAGGCAAUGAAUAGCAGCCAAGUGGAAGCCAUGGGCAUCAAGAUGUUGCCAGGUUACAAGGACCCAUACCAUGGACGUCCACUCACAAAGGGAGAAUUGGGUUGCUUUCUCAGCCACUAUAAAGUUUGGAAAGAGAUCAUUGAGAGAGGCCUGGAGAAGUCGGUGGUGUUUGAGGAUGACCUGCGCUUUGAGAUCUUCUUCAAACGGCGCAUGAUGAACCUCAUGUAUGACUUAGAAGAAGAGGGCCUGGACUGGGAUUUAAUCUACAUUGGACGGAAGCGCAUGCAGGUAGAGCAUCCAGAGAAAGCUGUGCCCCACAUCCGCAAUCUGGUGGAAGCUGACUACUCCUACUGGACACUGGGCUAUGUCAUCUCCCUUCAAGGGGCCAAGAAACUGCUGGAUGCUGAACCCCUCUCCAAAAUGUUGCCAGUGGAUGAGUUUCUUCCAGUCAUGUUUAACAAACACCCUGUUACUGAAUACAUGGAACAUUUUGACAACCGAAAUUUGCUGGCCUUCUCAGUGGAGCCCCUGCUGGUUUAUCCAACACACUACACAGGGGAUGAUGGUUACAUCAGCGACACCGAGACCUCCGUAGUGUGGAACAAUGAGAACGUCAAAACGGAUUGGGACCGGGCCAAGUCCCAGAAAAUGAAGGAGCAGCAGGAGUUGAGGAAUGAAGCCAGGAAUUCAGAUGUGCUCCAGUCCUCACUCGACAGGACAGCCCGGGAUGAGCUAUGACGCCGCGUGGAUGCUGAAGAAGGGGACCGGGAGAGAGACGGUGCAAGGGGAAGCUUUUCUCUUCGUCUCAGGGUUUAAUGGGUUGAUUCUCUCAGAUGCCAACAAUGGGGUUGAUAUCACAACUUCCUGGCAGUGCCUAUGGGAAGCCUCAGUCCCUUGCAGCCUGAGGAACCUGAUAUGGAAAUGGUGGCCUCUACUUAGUUCCACCAUCUCCUGCUCUCCUGUUCUGUGCAUGAAUGUGGGGCGGAGGCAAUUUUGCAGUACUCAUUCGAGAAGUUUUAUUCUCUUAAUCAUAGGCCUUUUACACAGACUCCCACAUGUUGGGAGGGGGACAUGUUGAACAGAUGCAGCUCAGCUCAGCAGGUUUCGAUGUCAUUACGCUCUGUAUCCGACAAAGACCAUUUCAAUUGGUUUUUAAGGCAGUAAAAACAAUUUAGGUUAAUUUUAUAUAAAAGUUCUUCCUAGAACACCUCUUUUCAGAAGAAUCUUGACCUUUUUCUCCCUCGGUUCCUUGGUUGUGUUGAAGUCUCAAGUAUGGGCUACCAAAAGUCAGGCCUUAUUAGUCAAUCGCAGUAUGCUUUAUUCAGGGGUUGGUUUUUUUCCCAGAGGAAAAUGUUACCGUACUUAGGAAUAU